GAGGUAUCGAAUAUAUAGGUGUAAACAGGUAUGGGGUAGAGAGAAAUAAGAAGAGAAGAUUGGAAGAUGAGGAUGGAGAUAGAGGAGAGAUGUGAAGGAGAAGAGAAUCGGAGAGAAGAAAGAGAAGAGGAGGGAGACGACGACGACGACGACGACGACGACGACAACGAUGAGGAGGAGGAGGAGGAGGAGGAGGAGAAGGAGAAAGCGAGAGAAGAAGAAGAAAGGGAGGAGGAGGAGGUGAGGAUGAUGCAGACAGACAGACAAGACAGAAACACUGUAUUGCGAUUACAGUUGUUAUUACAGACCCUUAACGCGUAUGCCUGGCGUCGACCGGUGUAUAAUAAUACACCACAUGACCUAUGCCAGCAGCAACUACGGACCGUAAAGACAAACAACCUAGCUUAA